GUCGCCAUCCCUAUCUCUUAUUCUCUCAGAAAAAAAAUAGGUAAUUGGUAGAUUUCUCUCACUCAUUUCUUUUGGUUGCGAGUUGCUUAUACCUAGUUUGUUCAAGUAGUUAUUACUUAUUUUUGUCACAAUGUGUGCUAAAUCAAACAAAUAUAAUGAAGAUUUAUUUGAUUAUAUUCGAGUAAGUGAAGACGAGGAUGAUUCCAAUGCCGUGGAAAUCCCAUGUGAAAUGGACGGCACCUUGUUGUUGUCUACACUCGUUGCUCAGUUUCCUGGAGCGUGUGGUUUAAAAUAUCGACAUCCUGAAAGCAAAUGUAUACGUGGCAUUCGUCUAAGCGAUGGCAAACUUCAUCCACCUAGUGAAGUAGGAUGGAGUAAGCAUCUAUAUAUUUGUGUGUUUCCCAAAGAAAAUAAACGUAAAAUGGAGGACGUCUCGCCAGAAAACUCCGCAGCAAAAACAAAACGAUUGGAGAAAAAACUUACUUGUUCAGACCUAAUAUGCCUAGGUCUACCUUGGAAAUCAACCGAAGAUUCAAUAAAACAAUAUUUUGAGAAAUUUGGUGAAGUAGUAAUGGUGCAAUUAAAAAAAGAUAAGAAUGGAUCAUUCAAAGGGUUCGGCUUUAUUCGUUUCGCAACUUACGCCUCGCAGAUGAGAGCACUAGCACAGCGACAUAAUAUUGAUGGCCGAUGGGUAGAUGUCCGGAUCCCCAACUCAAAAGAAGGUGUAGUACCUCAGAUGCCCUGUAAAGUAUUUGUGGGUAGGUGCACUGAAGAUAUGACUGCUGAUGAUCUUCGUGAAUAUUUCUCUAAAUUUGGAGAGGUAACUGACGUUUUUGUACCUCGGCCAUUCCGUGCUUUCGGAUUUGUAACUUUCUUGGAUCCUGAAGUUGCACAGAGUCUCUGUGGUGAAGACCAUGUUAUCAAAGGAGCAUCAGUGUCUGUGUCUAGUGCUGCACCAAAAAUCAAGAGUAAAUCUAAUCAAAACUGGAAGGAUGACUCUUAUGGCAGUAACAACUGGGAAGGCAAUAGGUCUGGUUCUAGUUCAGGACCUAACAACAAUGGUGGAAACAGUAACAUUGAUUCACUUAAUAUGCAAAAUUUAGGUAUCAAUCCCAAUGGUGGUCCCCCUGCUAAUUUCAAUUUGCCAAUAAGUCUUGUUGCUGCUGCUCUGAAUCAAGCUGGUUGGGGUGGGUUCUUGGGAGGCCCUGGAAACUCUGGCCCCAACAAUUGGCAAGGAGGACCUCCACAGGGCAGUGGUGGAAAUUCUGGUAAAAAUUGGAAUGGCAACCAGAACUGGGGUCAGAAUGGUCCACCUCCCUCUUGGAAUCAAGGAAGCGGAAGUGGUCAGGGUUGGAAUGGUGGGAAAAAUGGUAACUGGAACCAAGGAAAUUGGUCCAAUAGUAAUCAAGGGCCUGGCUGGAAUCCAAACGGAAGUAGUUCUGGGUCCAGCAGUGGAUGGAACAACAAGUCACAAACAUGAGGUGAGCUGUCUUCAAGAAGUCUUGACAGGAAUGUUUGCCAGAAAACAUUAGAAAUAGUUAUAUUUGGAAUGUAUAAGGAUCUAAAGUUAAAAUGUAAGAAGUAUGAUUUGUCAUGUAAGGGGUCAUUCAAACAUCUUGUUUUGUUCAGUAGGGAAUAGGUAGGUACUCAGCUUAUUUUUAUCUCAAAAACAAAAUGUUUGGGAAAUCCAAUUUAAGUUUUACUCUUUGAUUCAACUAAUUUACUUUAUUAUUUAGUACCUACCUGCUUGAUAUAUUCCCACAUGAAUUCCUAUGCAAACAGGAAAACUUAGUGAAUAAAUAAAACUGUGGGCUUUGUAACUAUAUUCCAUACAUUAAGAUAUAAAAAAUAGUUUUAAUUUAUGUUUAUAAUUUAUUUCAGAAAUUUAAACAGCUGUUUAAAUAUGACUUUUAUCUAGACUUAUAAUAUGAUACCUAUUUAUUUUGCCAUAGAGAUUAAUUUGGUAAUGGUUUACAUAAUGUACUUUCAAAAUUUUUUGAGAGUUGAAUAAAGAAUGUGUGAAUGAUGCCCUAGAAGGACAUGUGGUAAAAAUAUCACAGCAAGUAAUUGUAUCUCCAAAUUUGUUUGUACCUACCUAAUGAACUCCCAUAGAGGGUGACUAAAGCAGUGUGUAUAGUUUGUGAUUGGUGUGUCAAUGGUUUUAGUUAAUAAAAAGUAUGUACUGAGAUGGAUGUUUUUAUUUGGUUUAUGGGUGGUUUAUUACUGGAUUGAAGUAUGGUAGCCAAGCUGAGCUAUUACUUAUAAUAUAUAAAAACUGCAAAUGUUAAGGGAAUCUAAUAGGAAUUUUGGAUGUGAAUGUAUUUCUUAUGAAGGAAAUCAAUUUAAAUUAAGAAACAGGAAGGAUGCUUUAUGGGAAACGGUGUGUGUCUCAUGGAACAUGAUUGCGGUGUCAAAACUCUAUGAUAAACAAUGAUAUAAAGUAAGCUGGGACUUUUGCAAGUGGAUUAUACCUGAGGCUGAGCUGCAAAUCGUGAGUGAGUCCAGUGUAUUGUCAAGUGUGAUGUUACAAGUCCUUAUUGAGUGGAAACUGCUUCACAGCAUGUUAUUACAUUUUGUGCAGUUGAAAUGGCGAAAUUGUCAAGAAUGUGUAAAAUAAGGAAAUUUUUGGAGAAACUGAAUUGAAUUCAGUUCGAAUUUUCUACAUUGAAAAGGGACAAUCAGAAUCAUAUAUAGUUAUGAUUAUCAUAGUCCAACAGACAAGGGGAAAUGUAUUGGGUCCACAUACUAACUGGAGUAGACGUGUAAAGCGGGCUACACACGCCAACUUCAGGGACAAUCUAGGACGUAGGAGUGGGGAUGACGUUGAUGAGUGAUGUUUGUAGGCAAGCAGUGCGGCAGCAGCGCGAGACCACCCUUGCUCUCUAUUGCAAGCGACUAUUGUCUGGCGUUCAUGGCUGCUAACCAGUGUAAUCUUACCCAGUUUGGAUAGCAUUAGAUUGCAUUAGGUGAAAGUGCUUAUUAUACCCUUAGCCUUUACGACAUCGACACCACACAGCACAAGAUAGCAGAAAUUUUAACUUUUUGUCUGGUUAAUCUAAUAUUCUGGUAAAUGACCGAUUGGCCAGAUCAAAGGAGACAUGGUACAUACACAUGUAUGUAUGUAUGUCACAUAGACAGAUACUUCCCAGGAUGACUAACAUCGUUCCUAUAUGCUUAUUAUAGAAUUUCUUAAGGGUGAAGUCGCGCGCAAAUGCAGUAACCAACCCUCUGUCUGAAGCAAACACAUGGGGCUGUUAUAUUUUUUAAAUAAAAUAAUUUUUAUAACA